GCUAUUUGUAGAAUAUUGAGAUAUUUGCUAAUCAUUUGGUGCUUAACGUGAAAUUAAAGUGAUGCGCAAUCUCUCCCCUGUAGGUGUAAACAUGGUUCAGCGCCUGACUUACCGUCGUAGGUUGUCCUACAACACCGCCUCAAACAAAACCAGACUCUCCCGAACCCCUGGUAACCGGAUUGUCUACCUCUACACUAAGAAGGUUGGCAAAGCGCCCAAGUCUGCAUGUGGCAUCUGCCCAGGGAGGCUGCGUGGUGUCCGUGCUGUCAGACCCCAGGUCCUGAUGAGGCUCUCAAAGACCAAGAAGCACGUCAGCAGAGCCUAUGGCGGCUCUAUGUGCGCCAAGUGUGUGCGUGACAGAAUCAAGCGGGCUUUCCUUAUUGAGGAGCAGAAGAUUGUUGUCAAGGUGCUGAAGGCCCAGGCUCAGAGUCAGAAAUCGAAGUAAACUCCUUUCAACUGCCUCAAGUUCAUCUUGCUGAUGAGGGGUUUUGGAACACGAGGGUCUAAUCUGUAAAACGAAACACGGCUUUGAGAAGAAUGAGAAUUCCUUUUUUGCGUGCCACAUUGGGUAAAACAUUGAGACAUUGUACUUGAAAGUGAUUGACAGUAUAUGGAAUUCUGUAAUGCCUGCUUAAAUGGUCUUGCCACCAUUUUGUAAAAAUAAAACCCAGUUGACCAGA